GGUAUGCCGUGUUACUCUCAGUAUAGACGUGGAGACUGAUAAAGCUAAAAUAAAGCGAAAUUAAUAGCAACCAAGGAAAACCAAGCAAAACAAAAUGUUGAAGUGGUUGCUUCUGCUCGCUUGUUUGGCGUCUCUCUUUGGGAGUCAAGGGAGGUUCCAAGUCGCUGGUGAGGAAAAUGAUCUUGGCGAUUCGUCCGACCUCGGCGAAAUCCUGAGAAAAUGUCGCCAAGAGAACCCAAAUUCCUCCCGGACACUGUCACGGUGCCUCAGGGAGGCGCCAUCGGGGCGCGAGCGGGCAGGGAAGGGCUCCAUGGCGAGGAACAGUAAGGCAAAGUGCGGGAAAGUCUACAAGCUGAAGAAGGGAGCGAAGAAGACCUUCCGAAUCAGAGGAAAGGACGACUUCUGCGAUGCCUUCUUUGAGCCGAAGGGAAAUGCGGAGCUGCAGUUGGUUUGCUCGAAGUUCCGUCUCUCGGAUUGCGAACAAGAAUCUCUUCUCGUUACUGACCAAGACUCUGACGACACGUAUUGCAAUGGAAAAGGCCCGAGCAAGAGAAAAGGGAUGGACUUCGUGUAUCUUGCGUACACGAAAGUUGCUGGCGUCAGCACUAAGCCAAACAUCGUGUGUUCAGUUAAAGGCGUAAAAGCUUCAGGCGGCGGCGGGGGGAGCAGUGCAGCGCAGGCGCCGGGAUGCACAAAUGUGUGUGGUAAGGCUUCGAAAAAUGCUGGGGCGUCAAAGAUCGUGGGCGGCCAGGCAACAAAACCCGGAGAAUACCCGUGGAUGGUUCAUCUGACAAUCAUAGAUGGCUUCUUGGCCUACCUCUGCGGUGGUUCCAUCAUUACGACACUUCACAUUAUAACGGCAGCCCACUGUGUCGACUACAGUAGCCCGGAGGUAAUAGCGGUAGCGGGCGAGCACAAUCUAGAGGAAGAAGACGAAACCAAAACACAAACCAUUCGCGCUAAGAAAAUCACCAUGCACCCGAAGUUCAACUCAGAUACCUUGGCCAACGACAUAGCUGUCAUCACGCUGAAAUCGCCUCUCAAAUGGACCAGCAACGUGGGCCCCAUCUGCCUGCCGCCAGCCAAGGCCUUCGGGAACAGCGAUGCAGUCAUACUGGGAUGGGGCUUGCUCGACUACCCGGGUUCGGCAUUCCCGGACGAACUGCAGGAAGCGGCAGUCACUGUGACCGACCAUGAGGAUUGUAAGAAAAUUUAUGAAUUCUCUACCUUUCCCGUUACUGAUAAACAUAUUUGCGCUGGCGAUUCCGGACAAGAUGCUUGCAGGGGCGACUCUGGGGGUCCCUUGAUGGCGAAAGAAGACGGGGUUUGGGUGCUGCUUGGCGUGACCAGUUUCAGCCCACGGGACUGUGCUACUGAAGGGAUUCCUGGAGUGUACACCCGUGUCUCUUCUUACAGCGACUGGAUACUCGGGAAAGUCUCUUCGGGAUCUUGCUGAUUCGGAUCCACGGUUUAGAAGACGAGGAUCUAAACCUCUUUUCGAUUAUAUUUUGUCAGAUAAGAAUAUAAAUGACAAAAUAAAAUGUACGGAAUGUAAACAACACACACACACACACACACACACACACACACACACACACACACACACACACACACA